AGCAAAAUGGCACAACCCUUUGAAGAUGCUGCCAGCCUGCAUAUGUAUGAGCUGUUGGGCCAGCUGCUGACUGAUUUCACCUCUGUUGAAAAUACUUGUCGUACUAAUGCCGAGACACAGUUUCAUAACCACUGGCUAGUCACUCAAGCGCCAGUUACUUUUGCUGGCAUGGCAUAUUUGCUGGCAAAUCACCCUGCUGUCGAGAUCCGUUCAAUGGCUGCUAUUUUGUUGCGUCGUAAAGGAUUAAAGCUCACUGAUGGCAGUAACAACGUCAUUUACUUUGUGACCUUGGGAGAGGAUGUUCGUGGAUAUAUCCGUACCAAACUGAUGCAAUCACUUGCUAAUGAAGCAAACAAAUCUGUGCGCAACAAGGUCUGUCAUGCUACUGCUGACAUUGCUGCCCACAUGUGUGAUCUAGGAGAUGUUUGGUCAGAUCUGGUGCAGUUGACGAUUCAAUUUGUUCAAUCUCCAAAUGCUGAACACAGAGAAACUGCAUUCAGACUUUUGAGCGAAGCGCACUCUCUUUUUUACAACGAAGACCCUACAUCUUUACUUGCAAUGAUCACUGCAGGACUUCAAGACUCGGAAGAAGCUGUGCGUCUUGUAGCACUCAAGGCAGGCUCGGAUAUUCUCAUUAAUGCCGAAGAGUCGUCGCUUUCAAGUCUUGGUACUGUCGUCCCACAUAUGCUGAAUAUUAUCCCUUCGAUUGUCAUGGAUCCCUCCAAAGACGAAGAAUCCAAGGCUGCUCUCGAUGCAUUAGGCGAGCUUGCUCUUAACUGUUCAUCUGUGUUCAAGGGCACUCAUCAAACAUUGAUUAGCUUCAUGACCACCGUGAUGAAAAACACCAACCUGGAUAGCGCCGUUCGCCAUGCUGCCUUGGAGUUACUUUUAACUCUGGCUGAAACCAGUCGUGCUCAGAUGCGCAAGCAAGUCGAUUAUCCCCUUAUUUUAAUCCCUAUUCUUUUGGAAUGGAUGAGUGAGCACGAUGACGAUGAGGAUUGGUAUUUGUCCGAGAACCUCGACGAGUUUGACCAGUCCUCUAAUGAAACUGUAGGUGAACAGAGUAUGGAUCGCGUAUCUCGUAAUUUGGGUGGAAAGAUUGUGCUUCCCAUUGCAUUCAACAUUAUUCCUACUUAUUUGUCUGCUCCCGAGUGGCCCAAGCGUCAUGCUGCACUUCGCUGUAUUUCUGCAAUCGGUGAAGGCUGUCUUAAGCUCAUGUCUGCAGAAUUAGAAAAAGUCGUUGGGUUGGUGGUUCCCCAUCUGGCAGAUCCUCACCCACGUGUUCGUCAUGCCGCCUGCAAUGCAAUUGGUCAAAUGUGCACCGAUUUUGCUCCCAAAAUCCAGCAAAAGUUUUAUGACCAGAUAUUGCGAGGCCUGAUUCCUGUCAUGUCCGAUGUACAGUUUCCUCGUGUGUCCACCUAUGCAGCAGCUGCAAUGGUCAACUUUGCCGAGGAGGCAAAAAUGGAGUGCAUUGCACCUUAUCUUCCCGAUAUUAUCCCUAAUCUUGUCGUUCUUCUCAAUUCCAGCAAGUAUUUCUCCAGAGAACAGGCCGUUACAACUAUUGCCACUGUUGCAGAUAGUUGCGGUGAAGCCUUUGCUCACUACUACACUCCCAUCAUGCGUCUUCUUAUGGACAUUUUGAAGGAACCAGAUGUGGAGUUGAGUCGUCCACUUGUUGGCAAGGCACUUGAGUGCUCCACUCUUAUUGCCAUGGCUUGCGGUAAAGAGAUGUUUAUGCCUAUUGCCCGCGAGUUUACCGAUGCCUUGCAGUUUGUCCAGUCAUCUGCUGUAAGCAGUGAUGAUCCUCGCACAUCAUAUCUUCUUGGAGCAUGGACUCGCGUGUGCACUGUUCUUGGACCUGAAUUCGAGCCAUUUAUGAGUGUUGUUCUUCCACCUCUGUUUGCCGCCGCUAAACAUGUACCUGAGUGUGCCUUGCUGGAUGCAGAUGACGAAGAUCCUAGCUCAGAAGAUGGUUGGGAAGUGAUGAAUACUGGUCUCCAGAGAAUGGCAAUCAAGACGGCGUACAUUGAUGACAAGUGCACUGCAGUUGAAAUGCUAAUGUGUUAUGUUAAAGAGCUUGGACCGCUUUUUCAUCCACACGUUGAAGAAACCAUGCAAAUGAUUUUACCUAUGUUUGGCUUUAUUUUCCACGAUGGAGUUCGUAUUGCUGCAGCGUCCGUUGUACCCCUUCUUUUACAAUCAUGGGUCAAGGCAGACUAUCCUAACGAAAAAGUUAUUGCGUUGUGGCAUACUGUUGCAAAUACUCUUAUUGCCACCUUAAAGAAGGACAAUGAUGCAUCAGUUGUCAGCCAACUGUUUGAUACUUUCCAUGAUGCCUUGGCCUGUGCUGGACCUACUAUUUUAACAGAGCAAUUUUUGAUAGAUCUGAUCGCCCAAAUGGUUAAACAGAUUUCAGACUGCCACGCUCGUUUCCUUGAGCGUUCAAAAACGGACAGGUCUGAGGACGCAGACCAGGAAGAGGCUAUUUAUCUUGAAGAAGAAGAAGAGGCUGACGACACUAUUUUGCAAUCAAUUGGAAAUGCUAUUCAUCAGCUGUUUAAAGCCUAUGGCGUACAUUUCCUUCCCAUCUUCCAUCAUCUUGUGCCUGCUCUGGAUGCAUGCAUGAACUCUGCAUAUCCAUCUGAACGUCGCUUGGCGUUGGAUGUGUAUCAAGAAAUGAUCGAGUUUACUCCAGCAGAAUCCAUUACAUAUCAACCUCACUUUCUCAAAUUCAUGAUCGAAACCCUGCUUGAUCCCGAAGCCCAUGUCCGCCAGACAGCAGCAUUUGGUAUUGGCGCAGCUGCUCUUUCCACUGGUGAUUACUAUCGCGAUAUUUGCAUUUCAUCAAUGCCAAAAUUACAUACUGUUAUUACAGCUCAUGACGCUCGCUCCGAUGAAAACAUUUUUGCUACCGAGAACGCUGUCUCUGCCAUUGGAAAAAUCUGCCAACGGUACGGCGCGACAGGCUUGUUCGAUGUCAAUCAAGUUCUUCCUAUUUGGCUCCAAUCACUUCCUAUUAUUGAGGACCAGGAAGAAUUUGGGCCUACAUAUUCAUAUUUGUUGGAUUUGAUUGAAACCGGACAUCCUAGUAUUCUCCCAGAAGGUUCUACAACAAAAGCAACUCCACAGCUGGCAAAGAUUGUUGAUGUACUGACACAGGUUUUGGCUAUUCCUGGUCUUACUGGACUAGAUGGACUAAUGGAGCGUAUGUUGACGACCUUGAGACGGUUGUUGUCGCAGUGUAAUGAUGAAACUCGAGGAGGGUUAUGGAAUGCUUUGCCUGAUGACCGUAAAAAGAUGUUGUCAUCCAAAGGAUAUUUUUAAAUGAGAUACGCUGAUGUAUUGGAAUUGAUUAAAUGAUAUUUGCAAUGAUAAAAAUGAAACUUGUUAUAUUCAAGCGGAUUGCAGUGCAGUCUAGGAUUCUAUUUGUCUACAAAACAUCAAUCUGAAAAUGAACCAUUCCGUUUUUGUUAUUG